AGCGCAUCGCCCGCGGGAUCGAUUACUCGCCAGCAUCAAGCACACCAGGAAAGUCGGGAUGCUCAGACGACAGAGAAUACAAUGAUCAACGCCUUCCUGGUCUUCAACGGCCAGGGCCAGCCUCGGCUGACCAAAUUCUACACGCAGCUGGAAACUAGCAUGCAACAGCGCUUGAUCUCCGAGAUCUUCACUCUUGUUUCCAACCGCCCGGCCGGCUCCUGUAACUUCCUUCCGCUUCCUCCUUUACUCGCUGCCUCGGGUACUUCACACUCGUCGUCGGAAGAGGAAAACGAUGUGCCGUCUCUUGUUACCUACCGUAACUACGCGACCUUGUAUUUCAUCGUCAUCUCGACAUCGACCGAGUCGCCCCUUGCCCUGAUCGAUCUAAUCCAAGUCUACGUUGAGGCACUCGACAAGCUCUUCGAGAACGUAUGCGAACUAGACCUCAUCUUUAACUUUGAGACAUUGCACGCAACGUUAGGCGAGAUGAUUGUGGGAGGAGUGGUGAUAGAGACAAAUUUGGAUCGCAUCGUGUCUGGGGUAAGAGCGCAAGGCACCGUGGCCAAGCGACCGGUCAACGAAGGCCGGAGCGGUGGAAUCGGCGGUGGACUGGGCAUGGGAAGCAACUUCGUCUGGCACGGGCGGUAGCUUAGGCCAUUUCUGCGAGGAAUAUAUUUACUGUUCGAACAAUGUGGUGUUACAUAGGGCCUGUUUUCGCCGGGUAUUAAAAAUGCCACAAACUCCUUCUAAUGCUGAUACUUCUACGUCGACCGCGAGCUUAUUUUGUUGUCUCGGUAGGAGCGGGCGCUUCGGGCGCGUCUCUACGUCUCUCGUAUCGCUUGUCGGAGUCGAGAACGCCAAAUACGCCGCGGAAGCGCUUGCGGAUCUGGCGCGAUGAGUUAGUACAGUUCGUGCUCUGGAGUUGCAAGGCUAAAUACCUCUUCGGAAGGCCUAUACUCCCUGCCAAAGAAUUCAAGCUCGGAGAAGAAUAAUGUAUAGCCAAGGAAACCUGCUGCCCGUUAGAACAGCUCCUGAUCGGCACCGCAGUGUCCUGCACGAACCAAGGACGGUCGCAAGCUGA